UAGACUCCACACAUUAAUAGAAUUCAUCAAUCUAAUGGGUUAAUUGCAAGAAUGGUCACUGGGUUUACUAAAACUGUUCAUGUUUGGUCACUGCAAAUAUUUGAUUCCAUUCAUGGUCACUAAGAUAGUUCAAUAGUUCAAGUUUGGUCACUCUCCGUUAGUCUCCGUUAGUUUUUGCUUAUGUGGCAGUCAACUAUUAUAGUUGACCGUUAAAUGAGUGACGUGGCCAUUAAAAUAAUAAGAAAAUUUAAAUAUUUACAAUUUACACCUCAUUUUACAACUAUUAAAAAUAUAAAAAUAAAACAUACCACCGCCGCCGCUGCGCUCAUGACCAAAUCCCUCGCCGCCGCUGCGCUCUCCGACCGGGUCAAGUUUGUCGACCUCCCACCCAACGACGCCGCCGUCGACCCCACCGUCAAAGACGUCGUCAAAUUCUUCAUGGACUCAUACAAAUCCCAUGCCCGCGACGCCAUCGCCAAGCUCGUCCAGGCCUCCCCUCUCGUCUACGGGCUCUCGUGGACAUGUUCUGCACCACAUUCAUCGACGUCGCCGACGAAUUCGGCCUCUCGAGCUACAUCUUCUACACCUCUGGCGCCGGAUGUCUCAAUCUUACCCUCCAUCUCCAGAAUCUCCGGGACAACCACAACACUCCCAUCACCAAUUUCAACAACCCAGAAGCCAAUUGGUCAAUCGAAGGCUUCAAUAACUCGAUUUCGGACAAAGUCCUCCCUCGUCCUAUUCUCAACCCAUUCCUCUGCGACGGAUUUUUUGAUUUCGUCAAAUGAUACCGAGACGCAAAGGGAAUUUUAAUCAACACGUUUCCAGAUCUGGAAACCACCACAAUCGAGCACCUAUCGAAGGACGAAACCCCUCCGGUCUACCCGGUCGGACCAAUUUUAGAGCUGAAGCGGGAAGACGCUACCGGAGAAGGAAGAGGCAGCGAGAUCUUGACCUGGCUCAACGAACAACCGCCUUCGUCUGUUCUCUUCCUCUGCUUAGGAAGUAACAGUUCAAUUAUGGUCACUCUCUGUUAACUUCCGUUAGUCUCUGUUAACGUCGUCAGUUUUUUGUUUACGUGGCUAACAGAAACACCCAAUCAGCUUAUUUUAUCCCAAAAAAAUUCAAAAUCGAACAGCCACAUCAUUAAACCCGCCACGUCAAAAACUCCAACCCAACUCGUGACCUAAACUGAGACCCAAAUAAUUCGUGACUCGAACCACUCAAAUUACAAAAUAAAAUAAAUCUAAAAAC